ACACCUUUACACGUCGCAGCCUGGCAAUCCAAUGUCAGAGCGAUCAAGCUGCUUUUGGAUUACGGCGCCACCAUCGAUUCUGUCAAUUACCAAAUUCGCACUCCUUUGCAUAUCGCGUGCAUGCAGGGAGGUGUUUCCACAACUUCUUUCCUUUUAGCUCGUGGUGCAAGUGACUCCAGCCGGAGCUUUGCUGGCGAGACUGCGGCGAUGCAAGCGGCCAUUUGCGGCAAAAUUGAAAUAAUAGAUCUGCUAAACAAACGGGGUACGAAUCUGUCUUCCACGGGUGGGCAGGGCAAUAGCUUACUCCACUAUGCCGCAAGAGGUGGG